AUGUUAAAGCCCCUCAAAACCCCACCUCUCCUUCACCUACAAACCCUCCAUUCGCUAUUGGGUUCCCACCAUUUUAUCGAAUUCGCAUCGAGAACCAAGCUUUUCUCCCAACUCUCUCAUCCACCCUUCAAUCCUGCCCCAAACUUGGUGUUCCAAAUCUGUGACAUUCUGUGCGACCCUCAAUGGGAAAAGAGCUCAGAGCUCAGCUGGCUGAGCCCUAAGAUUAGAACCGAUCAUGUGUCAAAGAUUAUUGAGACCCACAAGAACACAGACUCGGCGUUAAGAUUCUUCUACUGGGUUUCUAAGAGACCUUCUUACCAGCAUGAUAUGAGCUGCUUCUCAUCAAUGCUGAAUAGGCUUGUGAACGAACGGCUUUUUGCGCCUGCAGACCGUGUGAGGAUUUUGAUGAUUAAAGCUUCUAGGAAGGAGGAAGAGCUUAAACGGGUAACUGAAUAUUUGAAUGAGAUGAGCCGACGUGGUUUUGAGUUUACAUUGUAUAGUUUUAAUACGCUUUUGAUUCAAUUGGGUAAGUUUGAGAUGGUUAGUAUAGCUCAAAAUGUUUAUACCCAGGUGCUAAGUAGUGGGCUUAAACCGAGUUUGUUGACAUUUAAUACAAUGCUCAAUAUAUUGUGUAAGAAGGGCAAGGUUCAGGAAGCAGAGUUGAUUUUGAGCAAGAUUUUUCAGUUUGAUAUGCUCCCGGAUGUUUUUACUUAUACAUCAUUGAUUCUUGGGCAUUGUAGAAAUCGUAACUUGGAUUUGGCAUUUGAGGUUUACGAUCAGAUGGUGAAGGCAGGUUGUGACCCGAAUUCAGUUACGUAUUCAACUCUUAUCAAUGGGCUAUGCAAUGAGGGGAGGGUGGAUGAGGCACUGGAUAUGCUUGAUGAAAUGGUAGAAAAAGGGAUUGAACCCACAUCAUAUACUUACACUGUCCCAAUUGCUUCACUAUGUGAGGCCGAUCGGCUGGUGGAAGCAAUUGGGCUUUUCAGAAGAAUGAGAAGCAGGGGUUGCCAUCCUACCGUUCAUACUUAUACAGCUUUGAUCAGUGGGUUGUCUCAGACGGGGAAACUCGAUGUUGCUAUUGGACUCUAUCACAAGCUUUUGAAGGAUGGUUUGGUCCCAAACACAGUUACCUUCAAUGCAUUGAUAAAUGGAUUAUGUGAGACAGGAAGAUAUGACCUGGCUCAGAAGAUUUUUUAUUGGGUGGAGAGACAUGGGACCUUGGCAAAUACCCAAACUCACAAUGAAAUCAUCAAAGUUUUCUGUUUGAUGGGUAACAUUAAUAACGCAAUGGCUCUUGUAAGCAAAAUGCUUAAAGUGGGACCCUCUCUAAAUGUGAUUACAUAUAACACACUCAUCAAUGGAUACCUCAGUGGAGGUCAGUUAAACAAUGCUAUGAGGUUGUUGGAUUUUAUGAAAGGGAGUGGAUGUGAACCAGAUGAAUGGACUUAUACUGAACUUAUUUCUGGGUUUUGCAAGGCGGGUAAGUCUGACUUUGCAUCUACUCUUUUCCGUGAGAUGGUAGAACAAAGAAUUAGCCCCAGUCAGGUCACCUACGCUGCUUUGAUUGCUGGAUACUGUAUGGAGGGGAAAGUGGAUACUGCAUUGUCAUUAUUUGAGCAGAUGGAGGAGAAGGGUUGCUGUCCAAGUAUUGAAACCUACAAUGCCAUUAUAAAUGGUUUGUCCAAAGAUAAUCAGUUUGUUAAAGCUGAGAAACUAUGUAAAAAGAUGGAAAAACAAGGACUGGUUCCAAAUGUCAUUACCUACACGUCUCUAAUUGGUGGCCUCUGUAAAAGUGGCAGGACUGACCUUGCGUUCAAAAUCUUCCAUGAAAUGGAAGAACAAGGUUGCUUGCCGAACUUGUAUACAUAUAGCUCACUCAUGUUUGGGUUAUGUCAAGAGGGCAAGGCUGACAAUGCUGAGACGUUGCUUGAUGAAAUGGAAAGGAAAGGAUUGGCUCCUGAUGUGGUAACAUUUACCACACUCAUUGAUGGUUUUGUUAUGCUUUGUAGGCUAGAUCAUGCAUUCUUGCUUCUUAGGCGAAUGGUUGAUGUGGGCUGCAGGCCCAACUACCGAACAUAUGCUGUGUUGGUCAAAGGGUUGCAAAAGGAAAGUCAGUUGCUGACGGAGAAGGUUGUGGGGCUCGUGGCCCAACAUGAAGCAAUGUAUAGUUGCAGCUCUGAUGAAAGCUAUAACUUUUUUGAGGCGUUGUGCAAUCUCUUAGCUAGGAUGUCAGAGAAUGGAUGUGAACCUACUGUUGAUACCUAUGGUACUUUAGUGAGAGGCUUGUGUACAGAAGGCAGAUAUUAUGAGGCAGAUCAGUUGGUGCGGCAUAUGAAAGACAAAGGCCUGUGCCCCAAUAGAAGGAUUUAUCUGUCUCUAUUCUUUGUUCAUUGUACAAAUUUAAAAGUGGAAUCUGCGCUGGAAAUCUUUGGCUUGAUGGAAGAUAAUGGAUUUGAGGUUCACUUAUCAGCUUAUAAGGCACUUAUUAGUGCUCUCGGCAGGGUGUGUCGGGCUUUAGAAGCUGAAACUUUAUUCAAAAGCAUGCUAGAAAAACAAUGGAAUACUGAUGAGAUUGUUUGGACUGUGUUAAUCGAUGGAUUACUGAAGGAAGGGCAAUCAGAUCUAUGCAUGAAGCUUCUUCAUGUUAUUGAAUCUCAAAAAUGCAGUAUCAGUUUCCAGACAUAUGUUAUCUUGGCCAGAGAACUUUCUAAAGUAAACAAGGAUAGGGGGAGUUCUCAAAUUGUUAACAGAGCAAGUGAUUUAAAGGGUGUACAUUGA